AUAACUAUACUUCUUCAGGGUCACCAUAAAAUACUUUUUGGCGAAGUUUGAUGACCUGGUUUGCAACCAGUCCAAAGAGAAUGUUAAUUUUUAAUUUAUCUUGACUGAUCAGAGAGGUCAGGUUAGCCAUGCUUCUUGGAUAUACUUCUGUAGGACCACAAUUAAGAGGAACACUUUUACGGGGUUUGGUGAAUCUGGACAAUGUUCUGUGAGAAGAAUUGUGUCAUAGAAACUGCAGCUCUUUAAAUUAGAAUUCUGAUCUUCUAACCAAUAACAUAUGGAGCUGGUCAGUAACAUCUGGAGCUGGUCAGCUGGAUCCUGAUGAGACCGGAAUGACCUGCACAGGCCCUGAGUUCAAUACAGAAGUCGCCACAAAAAUACGUGUACAAAGCACUCAACAAUAUGGCAUCUUAAAGAACUGGUUACACUACAUACACCAACCAUAGUUUCUCAGAUUACCAUCUGUUACUCAUGGAAGGGGGGUUAAAGUUCACGCUGGACAGACUACAACUCUUUACAGACAGACGACUAACAAAUCGGGAAAAGUACCCGAGUUACGAAAUUGCAGAACACGAUUUGUAUCAUGACUGUUUGUAAUGCAUGCAUUAUCCGCUUUGAAAUGAUUUAAGGACACGGUGAGUGCGCUCAUAUAGCUCCUGCUUGGUGCUCUUAAUGCCUGUAGUAACCUUGUAUAUAUAAAAUGUUGAUGCCGGUAUAGUCUAGAUUAUAAGAGUUCAAUCAUUAUAAGGCCUUCACCCACUUACUCUCUAACCUACUGCACGCAUGACGUAAUUGUGGUAUAGAGGCCCAAAAAAAUGGCCGCAAAUAUUUUGCUAUUUUAGUAAUUAUUGGUUAAAUUUAGCAUGCUACAUCAAAGUACAAGAUAAAAAUCGUCAGAUGGAAGCAUGGCUUUAAAACUGUUCAAAAGUAUGCAACAUAAUUCUUUUUCUAAACAAUAUAUUAGUUGAGUCACCACGCUCAGGUUUUCCCAGUUGGGUGUAAAAGCUUGUGUGUGUUUGCACAUGUAUCAUAAUUUCUUUUUUUUUGUUUACAUGUACUAUUCGCCGAAAAUUCAAGGAGUCUCAAGUUUGGACCAACUAUUACAAAUUUAAAAUUCCAAACAAACAAUUAUCUGUUCUCAAACCGUGUUACCCUUUCCCAAAUAGGGGGGUUUAAUUGGUUUUUAUAUUAAAAAUGUAUGUUAAUGACUCUUCGCGAAGCAUGAUAUUGUGAUAAAAAAGCGUCGCCUUCUCAACUUUCAAAAAUUAAGAAACAUCAUGAUGAUUAUGUUUAUGUGUGUAUUGUGUAUAUUUGAGCAAUAAUCCAGGACAAAUAAAAAGGAGGAUUAAAAUUUUAAUUCUGGCUUGACUUGGCCCGAAAAACGAACAUUUAAUCUUAAGUAGAUGUCUAACAUACAAUGCGUUGUAAUUGGCAAAUACGUCCUGGAAUUUUUUAAUGUUUCACUGAUUGACAGACACACUUUCGAGAUUACUUUUUGGAGUGCGAGUAGAAGCGAGACUGGACACACGUGUUGCGGUGUUGCGUCACCAGUAAGCAACCUUUGGACCGUCUGAUGUGAUGAUGCAAGAUCCUCUAGACGAAUCGUGAAGAUACCGGUGCUCUGCGAGUUCUGAUUGGUGUUCUGUGUCACACCUCCAACUUUUUUAUGCACCAUUCUUUUGUGAAAAUAGCGAAUAUUUGCUUUUUGUUGUUGUUAAAUGUCCUCUUAGCCCCAGUUGGCCAAGAGAAAGAGAAGAAAUGGCUCUCCGCAUUAAUGUGUGGGUUUUCAGUGUUUUUAUUCUGUUCAGUGUUGCGCCUUGUGGUUCAUUUAUUUUUUCGGAAUUACUGGGGAUAAAAAACAGCGAAACAGAAAGACAUGAAACGACGAAUACACCGACCUUGGAACAAAACUCUACAUCUGUUAAUGGGAGUAAUGACCUAACGGGGACUACUGACAAUUACACCACACCGGCUAGUUCCGCGGAACAAACAGAUGAAAAGUUAAAUGGAACAUUAACAGAAAGUAGAGAAAAGAAUGAAGUUUCUGAAGUACGCAAAGCUGAAGAAAAAAUGCAUAUCGAGUAUAUAAAGAAGCAACUGAUGUCAAAGUUACGUCUCUCCGCCCCACCUGAGAUCAGGGGUCAGGCACCGGUCCUGCCACUGGCGGAAGUGGGGCACUUUCAAACUCAACAUGACCAAGGAAGACAUAAAUACAAGGUCCAUCAUUUCUACGCCAAAACAAUGCAGAUUUACGUCAUGGGGACUGACGAAACGAGCCAGUGCAGCUAUCGGAAGUCCGCCGGGUGCUAUUACUUCGACGUGAACGGGAAAGUGUCCGCUAGCGAGGUCCAGAGUGCAGAGCUCUGGAUAUAUAAACUGUUCUAUCACAGAGACCCGUUCAUACAGACAUUCGUUGUCUCCGAGCUGGGCAGAAGCAACAGAGCCGAGAAAAAAGUCCGCCCUCGCAAUAUAAUCAAAAGGUUUGAGACCAAAAUCAAGCAUGGUUGGCUAAAAAUUGACGUCACUGAAACAAUUGUCCGAUGGCUGCAGAAACCCUCACGGAAUGAUGGAAUAUCUAUUCUGUGCAAAGGAUGUCAACGGAAGAAUCACAAGACAAUAUUCAGUUCUAAAUAUGACUCGAUGCCAUUUUUGGCGAUAAAGACCCGUAAAGGCUCCCGAGCGCGGCGUCACAAGCGCUCGGUGCCCGUGGAAUGUUCACCCGGAUAUGACGGAUGCUGCUUGGCGCCAUUGGAAAUAAAUUUUGAUGAUAUCGGGUGGACAGGAAUUGUGGUUCCGAAAAAGCUGAACUAUGCUUACUGCAGGGGUUCAUGUAACGAUGAAGUAGCCGCUCACAGUGGACACAGUCGAUUGAUUCAAAACUACAGAUAUUCCCAAGCCGCCACACCAAAAGAAAGGCGGGAAAUGACGCCAUGUUGUUCCCCGAUUUCAUUUUCUUCCCAGUCUAUGUUAAUAGCAGUAAAUUCAACAAUAAUUCAUCACAAUGUACCAAACAUAUUACCCACAGCAUGCGGAUGCCUGUGACACUGACGAGCUUCACAUCAGAGGCGCUGCUACAAGCAGACUACAAUAUAGGGCAGUUUUGAGCAACUAUCAAUGCAAUUUAAAUUAUAAAACUGAAAACGAAAUAAACUUAUUAAAUUUUCUCAU